GCCGACCAAUUGGGCGUGAAGGGAAGGGCCGGGCAGCGCUCAACCUGGCGUCUGGAGUUUAGUCCCCGCGCUGCUGUGGGCGAGGCUGGGUCUGUUUCUAGGGUCGCAGUGACUGCUGUCGCAUCGGGAUCUUGAUCGUGAUGGGUACAAAGGCGAAAGUCGGCAGCACAGAGUUGCUUCUCUUCACGUCGAUGAUCCUGUGCUUCCUGGCAUUGGGCAGGGGUGCGGUGCAAACUUAUGAACCGGUAGUCAGAGUUCCUGAGCAUAAACCUGCCAAGCUGUCCUGCUCCUACUCGGGCUUCUCCUCGCCCCGUGUGGAGUGGAAGUUUACCCAUGGGGAUAUCAGAGGUCUCGUUUGCUAUAACAACAAAAUCACAGCUUCCUAUGAGAACCGAGUUAGCUUCUUGAAUGGUGGCAUCACCUUCCAGUCUGUGACCCGGAAAGACACGGGGAUGUAUACCUGUAUGGUCUCUGAUGAAGGCGGCAACACCUAUGGGGAGGUCACAGUCCAGCUCAUCGUGCUCGUGCCUCCAUCCAAGCCUACGAUCAACGUCCCCUCUUCUGUUACCAUUGGAACCCGAGCAGUGCUGACCUGCUCAGAGAAAGACGGUUCCCCACCAUCUGAAUACAAGUGGUUCAAGGAUGGGGUAGAGAUGCCCGUGGAACCCAAGAGCAACCGAGCCUUCAGCAACUCUUCCUAUACCCUGAACCCCAAGACAGGGGAGUUGACCUUUGAUCCCGUGUCGGCCUCUGAUACUGGAGAUUUCACUUGUGAGGCGCAGAAUGGCUAUGAGUCACCCAUGAGGUCGGACACCGUGCACAUGGAUGCUGUGGAGCUCAAUGUCGGGGGCAUCGUGGCAGCUGUCCUCGUAACGCUCAUUCUCCUGGGAGCCUUGAUUUUUGGCAUCUGGUUCAGCUAUAGCCGAGGCUACUUUGACAGAGCAAAGAAAGGGACCUCCAAUAAGAAGGUCAUUUACAGCCAGCCCAGUGCUCGAAGUGAACGGGAGUUCAGGCAGACCUCGUCCUUCUUGGUGUGACCCUGGUCCGGCUUCUCUCCUGUCCUCAGUGCUUGCCUUACUCAGGUGCUACCAGACUCUGGCCCCUGAUGUCUAUAGUUUCACAGGAUGCCUUAUUUGUCUUCGAACCCCAUCAGGGGCCCCCACUUUUAUCUUAGGUUGUGUUUUGUAAUAAUUUCAGCCAUGUGCACCUUCCUGCCUUUCCCACCACUGCUGAGUGGCCUGGGACUUGUUUAAAGCCUUCUUGUCCCAGCCCCACAAGGGAUCAGAGAGAAGUCCUGACUCAUGCCUGCUGACCACAAGUAGACCACAGGAGCAGUGGGGUCCUCACUGCCCCCUGCAUGUAGUGGUUCUCAGAUGGGACUCUGGAGCCUGGCUUCUUGACUCUUCCCUGCCAUGCUGAGGACGGGUAACAGCUGUUCUAGAGUCGGGGCUGGAGACUGGGAGCAGCUAAAAUGGUUGUUUGGAAACAAAGUCAAGUCUCUUCCACCUCUGCAGCCCACUUUCUUCUGUCUUCCAUGGGAAGUGCCACUGGGAUCCUCCUGCACCAUCCUCUUCCCGAACACAAGCAGACUGACAGCUAUGUCUGUAGGGAAAACAAGAACUUUUUUUGUGGGAAGCCUAGUAAACUUUCAGAACACA